UCAGCGAACAGUCCACCCACCCUCAGGUAGGACAACGCCAUCAAUCGUUUGUAUAUUAAUUGCUUUUGUUUUAUUUAUACAGUAACCGGAAAUGUUACAAAGCUGCGCGACGAAUGUGGACUGAGUUACAUGAAUAUGGCUAUUUGUAGGUUUUAUGCUCAGGGGCAUUGUCGCUAUGGUGACAGAUGCUGGAAUGAACACCCAGCGAACGCAAGUCAAGGUUAUGGCCAGCAGCAAUGGUCCCAAGGUAGUGGCCGGGGUUACCGUGGUUCGUCUAACCAACAGUGGUCAGAUCAGCGUCAUGACGAUGGCGGUGGAAGAAGGAAAGUUGGCUUUGUUCCGUCAAUGCAGAACCGCUACUCACCUCUUGACCAAUCAUCAUCUACCUCCCAGCAUGCACCAUCAGUUGAUAGACAGCAAAUUCUGGAGACUGUGAAAAAAGACAUGGAGGAGUGGUUACAGUCGGGAAUGUGGAUGUUUUCCAGUUAUGGUUUUUCUAAAUCACAGAAAUCUUUGGCAGGCUUGGAAGACACUUCCCCAGAAGAGCUACGAUAUUUCACGUAUGAAGCCAGAGAAGCUGGUAAAUGGAACCAAUAUAGUCAAGUAAUUACCCAGUCAGUUCUUGAAGUGACUAAAAGACGAAAUGAUCUGAAAUUCCCUGACGCAGCAAUUAAGACAAAAAUAAUUCAAGUUUAUAUUGGUAAUACAAACAUAAGAACAGUGUUUUCAUCACCAUUAUCAACACAUGCUAUACUCAGUGGAAGUGAUGGUAUACAGGCAGAGAAUACAAUUAGUACUAUAGUACACCUCUGGGUUCUGCCAGUCAAGCUACUUCUCUUUUUGGAAGCCAAGGAACAUUUGAAACAAACACAACCAUCUUUGGAAACCAAUCAGCCACAAGUACUCUGUUUGGAAAUCAACCAGCUGCAACCACCAAUACUGUGUUUGGAAAUCAACCAGCUGCAACCACAAGUACUCUGUUUGGAAAUCAACCAGCUGCAACCACCAAUACUCUGUUUGGAAAUCAACCAGCUGCAACCACAAGUACUCUGUUUGGAAAUCAACCAGCUGCAACCACAAGUACUCUGUUUGGAAAUCAACCAGCUGCAACCAACAAUAAUGUGUUUGGAAAUCAACCAGCUGCAACCACAAGUACUCUGUUUGGAAAUCAACCAGCUGCAACCAACAAUAAUGUGUUUGGAAAUCAACCAGCUGCAACCACAAGUACUCUGUUUGGAAAUCAACCAGCUGCAACCACAAGUACUCUGUUUGAAAACCAACCUGCUGCAGCUUCCAGUACCAUUUUUGGAAAUCCACCAGCAUCUGGUAGUAGUGUGUUUGGAAGCACUGCAUCGAUAUCCCAGACACCUGGUUUAUUCGGAAACCCUCCACAGACUGCUGAAUUCGUCACUUCCACAGCUUCAGAUAGCUUGUACACAAACAUUUCAGACCUUACUGAUGCAGAGAGAGGACAAUUCGAAAGUAAAACCUUCACUCUUGGCAGGAUUCCUGUCAGACCGCCCCCUAGAGAAAUGA